AAAAAAAAAAAAAAAAAAAAAAGCAACUAUCUAUCAUCUAUGAUGCCUCGUGCAGCCAAUGGCGGUGACGCUGCACCCUUACGUUCACGUGCGUACAACCACAACAACUCCCCCGAGCCCGCGACGGAGCAGACGGCGCUGCUGCAGCGGGACCCGUGUGCCAGGAGUUAUGGCCAGACACCCAGUGUUGCCAUACCUCGCCGAGGCAGGCGCGGCGCCAGAUACGACGACGACGACGACAGCGAUGAUGAUGGCUGGGGGAGCGACAUCGAUCCGAACGAAGCGGACUUAAGGAUCGCGCGGAGUUACACCUCGUGCGGCUCGGGGUUCGCGCCGGAGUCCCUGGAAUCGCCGAUGCUUAGGGGACGUCGCCGGUCCCGGAGCAGUGCGACGCGGCCCACCCUGGCGUCUGUGUCACCCAGGCCCAUGGCAGGGACGCACACGCACGGACAGCUCACCGAGUCCCCGAUCGUCGAGGGCGACGACGAGGACGAGGAAAGGGAUAUCGAGGCCGUCGCGGGCAAUGAUACCGAGAACGACCUGGCCAAGAGGAGGCCGUCGUACCUGAUCGACACGGACCGCCGCCGCUUCUGGAUCGUGUUCCUGAGCAUCAUGCUCUCGCACUUCCUCGCCAGCUUCGACGCGUGCAUCAUGGCGUCGAGCCACCCCGUCAUCACGAGCUACUUCCGCAGCUCCAACAGCGCCAGCUGGCUCUCCACCGCCUUCUUGCUUACCAGCACCGCGUUCCAGCCCAUCGGCGGCCGCCUCUCCGAUACUGUUGGCCGCAGACCGCCGUAUCUGGCUACGGUGGUCGUCUUUGCGCUGUCGACGCUGUGGUGCGCGCUGGCGCAGAGCAUGACGAGCUUCAUUGUCGCGAGGGCGGUGUGUGGGCUUGGUGCGGGAGGCGUGCUGGGGAUUGGGAGUAUUAUUAUUAGUGAUUUGGUGCCUAUUGAACGCCGAGGCACCUACCAAAGCUACGUCAACAUCGUGUACGGCGUCGCCUCGGCCCUCGGCGCCGCGCUGGGAGGCAUGAUGGCCGACUCGAUGGGCUGGCGCUGGGAGUUCGGCAUCCAGGUGUUCCCCAUCGUCCUGUGCUUCGCCGUCGCCUACUACGGCAUUCCCGACGACCUCGGCAUCGAGAACAAGCACCAGACCUUCGCCGAGGGCAUGAAGACGUUCGAUUACAGUGGCUCGGUGCUCUUGACUAUUUCGACUACGUUUUUGAUAUUGGGCUUGAACCUCGGUGGCAAUAUUCUUGCAUGGACACAUCCGUUCGUCCUCUCUUCACUCGCCAUCUUCUGCGUCUGCUUCCCAGCUUGUCUGUACGUCGAGUCGAAGCAAGAGCGACCUAUCAUGCCUCUAGUCCUCCUCCACAGCUCUCCCAGAGCCAAUAUGAUCUUUGGCAACAUGAUCGCCUCGUUCCUGCUUAACGCCAUCCUCUUCAAUGUCCCCCUCUUCUUCCAAGCCGUCCUCCUCACCAGCGCCACAACCUCGGGCCUGUACCUCGUCGUCCCCGUCGUGACCGCCAGCUCCAUCGGUACUCUAACCGGGUUCCUGAUCUCGUACACGCGGCGGCUCAAGUGGCCCCUCGUCCUCGGCACGCUCUUCUACCUCCUCGGCACCGCCCUGCUCGCCAGCAUGCGGCGCGGGUGGCCCCUGUACCUCUACCUGAUCUGCCUCGUGCCCUCCUCCAUCGGCCAAGGGUUCCAGUUCCCCGGGACCUUCAUGGCGGUGCUCGCGGCGUCGGAGCACCGCGAGCAGGCCGUCGUCACGUCCACCCUCGUGCUGUGGCGCGCGCUCGGCUCCGUCCUCGGCGUCGCCUUCUCCUCCCUCGUCCUCCAGAACGCGCUGCUCCGCUACCUCGCGCUGUACCUCGUCCCGCCCUACCCGCUAACGGGGCCCGAGGCCGAGGCCUGGAAGCAGGCGCUUAUUGACCGGGUGCGCGAGAGUGUCGAGGCGGUUGCUGCGCUGCCUGAUGGCGACACCAAGGACCAGGUUGUUGCGAGCUACGAGGCGGCCAUUCGUCUUACGUUUCUGUUCUGCGUUGGUUUUGCGGCGCUGGGUGUUCUAUUGGUUUUGCCGGCUAGGGUGCCGAGGUUGGGUGCGAGGAAGUAAAUGUUUGGAUUCUUUGGAUUCUUUGGA